GAGAGCCCCAUGGAGUUUGUGGGACAACCAAGACUUUCUGGGGCCUGUAAUUUCUUAGAGGUGCCAGGCCUCAGCUCUUUGGAUGUGGACGGUGAUGAGGGUGAAGUGGUCAUCAACAUCAGGCCCAAAUCCUCUCCUCUCCCACGGAGAAAGAGCUCCAUCACUGACGAGGACUCAGAGCCUGAGCCACCCCUCUGUGGCUCCAGGAGAGUGUCCUUUGCAGACUCCAAAGGCCUCAGUUUGGUACAAGUGAAGGAAUUUGACUCACGGGAUGUACCCAAGCUGCCAGGGUAUGACUCCUUCCCUUCUGAGGGUGAAGGUAAAGAGGCAGAGGAAUACUUCCUAUCUCCUCUCACUUUCUCCCUUCCGUUGUCGACUGAGGAGCUGUUCAUCAAAGUGCGGGACCAGAAAGUGGAGCUGGAGUCAAUCGAGUUACUUCCUGGGACCACAAUACUGAAAGGAGUGAUCCGUGUCCUCAACAUCUCCUUUAGUAAGGCAGUAUACAUCCGAACCACUUUAGACACCUGGUCCACUCACUUUGACCUCCUGGCGGAGUACAUCCCCGGUUCCAGUGACGGUGAGAUGGACUGUUUCUCAUUCAAGCUCACCUUAGUGCCCCCAUUCGGGGAGCAGGGAGCCAGAGUUGACUUUUGCCUGCGGUACGAGACUCCACUGGGGACAUUCUGGUCCAACAAUAACAACAGGAAUUACGUGCUGUUCUGUCACCAGAGAAUGAAACACAAACCACAGAAGGAAAAUGUGAACAAGAAAAGCUGCCUAAAGACUGUCAGUCAGAACUUCUCCUCUGUGGAAGACAUUACAGCCAUGGACGUUUCAUUUCAGGACAAUAUUUCAGCAGUUGUGUCAAAACAUGGAGAGGAAGUGGAUGAGAUGAAAGCCAAGCAAAUCUCUGAUGGUCAGUCAGGAACAACAGUGGAAGAUGAGCAGAAAUUAAAGACUGAGAAGAGACAAAACAGCAGCCGAAGAAGUCGCAGAAAGGCUGCUCGGAUGGCCCGGGUGAGGGAAUACUUUGCUCAGAGAGAUGGGGAAGCGAAUGACACUGAAAGGUAUGAAUCACCUCCAGAAGCAGAACAGGCAGCACAAGCAGAAAACCCAAAGGAAAGGUGCUCAGACAUGCAGUCAUUUUCUGAGGGGAGCAGAAAAUCAGAGCUUUCUCAGCUUGUUUCUGUGUCUCUGGAAACACACAGCAAAUCCCUGCUUGAUGUUCUACAUGAUACGUCACCAGCACAUGGCAACACAUCUAACCGCGAGCCAGAGAAAUCUGAGAGCAACAAUUUGGCUGAGUCAGCCACAUUAACAGGAGGUGAGAGUGCCACAAAUAUCCCAGAGAAUCCGCUGCAUUCAAAUGAUGAGCCUGCUCCUGCACAAUGCCAAAAUAUCAACACGUCUGUCUCCAAAGCUGAGGGGAAAAGUCAGAAGCAAGGCACAAGUUAUAAAUGUACUAACAACAAUUCAGCUGAACCAGCUGACAGUGUUAUUUCAGCGGUGAUCAGCGAAAGCCUUGUUAGCCAGACCAGCAGCCACACAUUUGGAACGGUGGUGGCUCCACUGUAUCAUCAGAUGUUUGGCAGAGUGGGAAGUGAAAGUCAGAGCGUAGGUGACUGGGGAAAUCCUGUGGGGGCUACACUGAAUAUUGGAGACUUAACUCAAAGUUAUCCUCAUACUGAAAGAAAAGAAAGCAGCUGCACAGUUCCAACAGAUGUUAGAAAUAAUAAUGACAAAGUUCAGGGAAAUGUGAUCAAGAUUCAGGAAUCAAACCAAGGAUGCUUAGAUACCACUGGAAAUAGUCCUCCCGCUGAGGAAGAACAGAUAAAUUUGAGCGUGACAGCAGAUGACAGCCUGGACUAUGCAGAAACUUUGCAGGAUCUAUGUGAGAUUAUCAGGUCAGACCAGCAAUGCACAAAUACAUCUGAAGUUACAAAAACUCUAUCUGGAGAUACAGAAGUAUGUUCACAUGCUGUGAACAUUUUACAUUCAGAUUUGUUGAAUGCACAAAUAGCCACUCAGAGUUUAUAUCUCCAGGGAGAAGCACAGGAAGACAAUCUGACAUGUGACCUCCAAAACCAAACUACAGCAGAAGCAGCACAGGCUCAGCUGCCAGAGCAUAUGUGUUCACAAAUUAAAACAAAUCUAAAUAAAACACAUUCACAAACUGAAGCUCAAGAAGUCAUGGCCAGUUUAGAAAUUUCAUUUCUGCCAACUCAGCCUUCUCAGAGUGUGUCAGAGCAUGUUAGUAAUGAUACAAACCAACAGACCAGCAAAGGUGGUGGAGAAAAUGAGUCAAACAAAGACGAUGACAUUGGCAAAACCAUAACAAUAUCAACAACCAGUGCAUCUUCAGAGGCAGAUAACCCUUCAGAUCCUUUUCAUAAUUUGAAUCCCAAUCAAAUCAAUCAUUCAGCUGCAAAAGAAAUCACAAAUAGCCACGGAUCUUGUUGUGAAAUUGUAGUGGAAGAGCAUUUCUCAACACCUAAUACAUCUCUGGAAACUCAGGAGGAAACCAAAAAUGUGGAAGAAAGAGAUAAGUUGACUAACAAUUCGUGUGAAGAUGAAACAGAACAUUCAGCUGUAACUGAGGUUAGUGAUGAUGCAGCUGAGUCAGUGACAAAAGCAGUGAGAAGCAACUAUCACACACAUGAUGACAUGUUUGUGGAGCUGAAAGAUGAAGGCACUUUAAAAGAUGAGCCAAUUAUUGCUUCAGAGGGAUUAGAAAAAACGGAGCAUUGUGAAAUGGAAGCAGCUGUCUUAAAACAGGAGGAUUUCAGUUUAGCAGACACUACUGAGGUAAAAAACUGGGAAAUGAUGGUUGAAGAGGAGGAGAAGAAUAUAUUAACAGAUCAAGAGGAAAAUGAGGCAACGGGUUUAAAAGUGGACACUGAAACAGUGGAGAAAGACCAAGGAGGACAGUUAGAGGAUGCAGGGAUAGAGACAUCAUUAGAACAUAGAGAUACCAGAGAGAAGGAAAAAGAGAAGACACAGGAAGAACUGGUGGAGGAGCUCAUAGCUGCAGGGGAGAAUGGGACCAAGGCUGAAGGUGCUGUGUGGUUAGAGGACAAGGAGAGAGCUGGAGAGAAGGAAAUCUGGGAGAUUAUGGCUGGAAAAGAUAGGGAAGAGGCUGAGAAAGACUUAGGAUAUUUUCAAGCCACAAAGACAGAAAAGGAGGAAGAAACAGCUGUGGAGAUGGAAGCAGAGAAGAGAGAAGAACAAGAGGAGACAGAGAUAGAGAUAGAAAAAUGCACCGCACAAAUGCAAGAGGUCAAUAUCAGAAGGACGAAUGUCCAAGAAAAAGAGGAGAUAGAGGGGGAGGAAGAAAUGGAAAUUGUUUUGAACACUAGAGACAAAGCCAGUGUUGUGUGGGAGGAUCAGGUACAACCAAGGGAGGAAAACAUAGAAGAGGAGAAUCCAAAGUACAGGGAGGAAAUUGCAGUUGAUGAAGCAGCAGACUCAGAGAUUGUAGAUGCAGACUCAGAGGGCAUGACAAUAGAGGGUGGGGAAGAUGAAGUAUGGUGUUUUGAAGAGAGGUUAGACAUUACACAAAACAAGGUUGAGGAUAGUUUGUCUGCUCCGGUGAACAGUCUGCAGGACAAGGGAGUGACAGACAAAGAAAAUAUGAGGAAGGGGGAAAAUGCACACAUCCCAAGUGAAAUACAACCUUAUGAAGAGGAGGAUUUUCAAAGCGCAGAGAAUGUUACACAUGAUCGAUCAGAGGCUGAGAAUGAAUUCUCCGGUAUGGUCGCAGACUCGUGCAUUUCAGCAGCUGAACCUGAAAAUGACCAAACAAGCCACGACAGCGCUUCAGCAGAGUCCGACUCAGACGAUGAGGUGGAGUUGUACAUGCACUGUCUGAGGGCUGUUCACACUGGGGCACAGGCCACUAAAGACAGAAACAAAGAUGCAGGUCUUAGUGUGGGUAAAAGACCCUCAGUAAGCAGAAGCAAACUGCUGUCCACACCCAUGCCCUCCAUAAGUGAGUCUCUGGAUGAGGAACAACACCUCAGCUGCCUUCAGGGCAAUCAUGAAGACAUGGACAGAGCAGAUAUCCAUCCCACAGCACCGUCAGGUGGAAAGGAAAGCAUCAAUAGGAAUGGUUUAUGGUGGAAAGAGACUUUUUCCUGUAGCAAUAUCUCAAAAAUGUUGUUAUACACCACUUUGUUAGUGGUAUUUUUAGUUGUGGCAUACCAUUAUGAUUUCCUUGCCUGCUUUGGACUCUACUUGAUAUCAGUGUUUUGGCUCUGCUGUCAAGAAGAGAGACGACCAGUUAAGAACACGAACAGAAUUGGCUGAAUUAAGAU